UUUUUUGCGGGUACGUUAUGUAAGCGUAGUGUAGUCAUAUCAACAUUCAACGCAGAAAGUUUGUUUACAAAUAUAAAACGUCAAAAUUGUUGUGAAAAAGUUGAUUUUUAGGAGAUACAAAGGAGUUAAUAUCGUUAUUAUAUCAACGAGAUGUUUGGUUUAGAUUUACUUGUCCAUACACGGAGUGGAAAGAGGGCUAUAAAUUAGUAUUUCAAAAUUGUUAAAUUGAAAGAGUGCUGACAGUAUGGCGCCAACUGCCGCAGUAAGCAAAGAAUAUUUGAAUAGAAGUUUUGUUCCUUUUAUUGGUGGGCUUCUGUAAGCGUUUGCAGGGUAACAGAUGGUGUUCAACUUCCAAAAUGUUCACACUUAUUGUAGGAAGCAAAUUAAACCUCAAUUUAUUUGCCACCAAAUAUAAAUGAAAAUGAUCAACGUUAUUUUCUCACUCUGAUAACUGCGGGUUGAUCACCAUCUGCUGCACGAUAAUGUUUAAAAGCAACCAAUGCAGCCAAGUUUAUGAGUACUGGUCCUAAUUUCUGUAUUUUGUUAAAGACUGUAGCGCCAGCAGUUGAUGAAGACUCGAGUCUGCCAACGGCGGCAAUUGUGUUUAUUGCCAUUGGUGGUUACGUUGUCGUCUUUGUUAUUGGUGUAUUGAUACGACAAUGCUUACUGGUAGUGUAUAUGUUACGUUGUAUUAUAUUACAGCUGCAGUCAAAAUCUGUUCAUGUACCACUGUUUGCAAGUAUAAGUCGCAGAUAAAAACGUUGUCCAUUCUCACAUGAAAUUGUUUGUAGCGAGCUCGCAUUUGACUAUUAGCAAAGCAGAUUAGCAUUUCGAUUGUCUGACCAGAUAAAGGCUAUGUUUACGCUAUACCGGAUAGCUAUCUUUAGCGGCAUGAAAAAGCACCUAUCCGAUACGGACUGUACAACUCUCAGAAGCUGAGCAAAACAACAUCUCUCUAUUGCAAUUAUAAUUCCUCUGAGAAUCGCGUUCCAAAAUGGUACGGACAGGUGUUUUUUGACGUCGCUAUGGAAAGCUCUCCUGUUUAAAACACUCAAAUUGACAAACAUUAAAUUUCAUAUGAGCAUGGCUGACAGUGUUUAAUUUAUCUGUGAGUGUUCAUCCUUCGAUGUAAACUAAUAUGGUAUAUUUCACACAAUGUAACUCAGUCUACAGAUAAAAUGGUAUUGAACGACAGUAUUCUUUCUUUGAAGGCACGAGGUUUAAGCAUCUGUCCUGAGUGGGUCAAUGAAAUGUGCUGUACAACGUGCUCUUGUGUUUCAUGUGUGUGCGUUACCCACUUGGCAGAGCUGUGUGAUUUCAAUGUUCCCACAAAACACUCUUGUCUCGACACUUGUUGCCCGACGAAAGAGGUAACAUUUUGCAUAUCUCAAAUGCUGCGGGGGGGUCAUCCUACUGUAUGUAUAAAUUGCACUGUGGUUUGUGUCUGUCUGAGCUACCUGGAAAAGACCAACCUAAUUUGUACAAAGGAUCUUUGCUUUAGAUGUCAAGGUGUUUUCAACCCAUCUAGUGGCAGCGCUCUCCCCUUGAUGAGUAAAAUGGUCUGGCAGAGUAAAAUAAUAAAGUAGGGCACAUUGCCACUUAAAGGGUUAACAUGGUGCAUGGGCAUGCAGAUAGUCUGAUUAACCCAUUGAGUGGCAGCACUCUCCCCCUGACAAGUAAAAUCGCCUGGCGUUAGACAGAGUAAAAUAAUAAAAAAGGCACAUCAGGAUGCAUUGCCACUUAAAGGUUUCAUCUUUUUCUUUUGUAUACUCUUCAAAUAAACCAAUUUAAAAAUUAUUUUGGAUUAAAUUUUAGAAGUGUGAUGAUACGUUUUGCUGUUGUAUGAACCAGUUGCCUGGUGGAGGGCUGUGUGAUGAUUGCACUGGACCCGAGUGUGAGGUAGGUGGUAGCCCCCCCCCCCCCACGGGAAAGUAUCAGGCCUCAGUGGCGCCGCCAGUUCGAUAAUUGGAGGGGGCGAAUAUUCAUAUCUUCGUGUUCUGCAUUAUUAACUACUUUUGAAAUUGAUUGUUUUUAUGGUCUGUGAACACAAAUAUAUGAAUAUUUGCACCCUCCCCAAUUAUCGAGCUGGCGGCGCCACUGUCAGGCCUGUACGUUUGUGCUUAGAUUCAGGCAAACAUUUAUACUCACAUGAUGGUCUUUAUUUUGUUUCAGUGUGGUGAUUGCAACUGUGCCUGCAACUGUCAAAUGCCCGAAUGUAACUCCAUCAAUUGUCUAUGUUUUGAAAUUCAACUGAAACAACCUGGGGGUCAGCAGGUACCUCCAGGGGUGGCCGGGAACAUACAGGGACAGCCUGGGUACUAUGGCCAAAAUCCAGGAGCAAAUGUACCUUAUCCUGGUCAACAUAUCAACUAUGGUCAACAAAUGUCCUAUCCUAACCCUCAUGCUUGAUAGCAAGUCAGGGGAUUAUAUACCUUAUUAGCCCUAAAUAUCCUGUCCUAACCUCCAUGCUUGAGGGGAUACAUAGGUGCACAUUGAACUAUAUUGUGGUAACCAGAGGAAGGGUGCCUUAUUACCCACAAAUGUCCUUUCCUGCCCUGCUUGUAGCUGAAAAGGACAUAGGCUAGGUUUUAAAGUAUGAACCUUUGAUGAGAACUUUUUAUUACAAGAAAAACAUUCAAAUACCAAAACUACGCCAACCAGUUCUACACAUUAUUGUACCUAUUUCUACUUGUAUACAUUAGAAAAUACAUUCAUUUACAAUGAGAAGUAAAAGCCUUUGAAAAGUUGUUCAAUGAUCACUUAUUCUAUAUCCCCAACAACUAUAUACCCAGAAAUCAGCGAGUUUCAGUAAGCGUUACACGGCAGCAAAUGCUCAUGGUCAACUUCAGAAAUAUUUACACUUGUAGGAGUAAGAAAAUUAAACUACAUACUAGAGACACUUCAUAUGAAAAUGAAAAGCAGGGGUGGAAAAGGAUCAGACCACGGGACCAUUGGUGCCAGUAAAUGUUUUGAGUUCCUAGAAAAUAUUUCCCCAAGAAAAAAAAAUUGGACUAAUUUUGAUAAAAGGAGAAAUUCUGAGGAAAAUUCACAGCAUGACCUCAGAGAUACAAUUAUAAAUGCAUCCAUCUUCAUAGUGUAUAAAUAUAUUAAUAGACUAUAGAACGAUGUAACAAAUGGGGCACUUGAUUUUCAAAAUUUUUCAAAAAGAUGCAUAGCAUAUAGCAUGCAUAGAUCCCCCUGAAAGUGCUCCCUAGUAACAGUGCCCCUUGUUCCAAUUGUUCGCAUCUGUAUUUACCUUAGCUUAAGGGGCUGAUUACAUGGACCGGGCCAGCCCGGUUAACCGGGCUGAAAAAUGUCACGAAAAUCUUCCUUGGGGCGCAAAAUGAGUUUUGAAUGAGGUUUAGGAUGAUUUUGCAUCUAUAAUAAACCAAUUAUUUAUCGCAAAUCUAUUUUACGCGAGUUUUAAAACCACAGUAAGGUCCUAAACAAACGAGUCAGCCCGGUUAACCGGGCCAGCCCGGCACCAUGUAAUCAGCACCUAAGGAUCAACCCUUGAUGCGUGUUAUCUAAAUUUAAAUUUAUUUAGUAAGAAUUUAGAUUGAAAAAAUAAUAUUUAAAAUGAAAAAAUAAUAUUAAUUCUUUUCAUCAAGGGUGGAAAAAUACUUUACUUUCUGGGACUUGAAAGAAAACAUUGAAAAUUUUCUGAAAAUAUUUUCUGGGAAAACGAAAAAUUUUAUGGGACCAAUGGUCUCCCAUGGUCCGAUACUCCGUCUUCGACCCUUGGACUAGAGCUUACUGAAACACAUUCUACAUGGCCUUUAGUUUCGGAAAAUGUUUGCAAGCUACAACAAAGUUAUAUAGUCAGGAUUCAGACAUUUUGUGGUUUGGAGUCUUUCGAAUCCGAGAGUCUGUUCUCUCUGUUCAUCAGUGGCAACUGCUGUUUACCACUUGACAACGUGGAACGCGUUUGAUCAUUCGUGGCGACGCAACAACAAAACUUCUCAAUGCACGCGGCACGAAAAUCGCUUCUCCAGAACGCGAACAUGAUGGGAUUGAGCAAAGAGGGUAGGAAACGCAGCAGGGUUAACUUGUAACUGAGCCAACUUUCGAUUUCAUGUCCGAAAGCUUCGUAGCAGACGGACACGAAAUAGGGGGCCCAACAUAGCACGAAGACUACGAACAUCAGUGCGAUAAUAUAGAAGCCACGAAAGCGAGUACAAGAUGACAGGCUAGGGUACUUGCCUCUCGAGCACACAGAUUCACGUUUGAUGCGACACAACUGGCGUUUCGCUUCGGAAACAAUCCUGUAGUAGACGUAGAACAGGAUUACAAUUGGCACACAGAAAAAUGCUACGAUUGAAAGGAUGGUGUAGAUUUUGUCAUUCCGUUCCUCUGUCUCGUCGUAGACGUAACAAAACUCAUCGCCCAGACGGAGAGUCCAGGACCAAGGUACGAGCGAAUGACCAAUGGUCAGCAGCCAAAUGAUAGCGAGUGUGAUUGCGGUGGAUGUUUUUGUUACAAUCUUGUCGUGACUGAACGGUUUGAGGAUUGCCAGAUAUUGCUCGCAUGCGAUGACCAGAAGAUGGAAUAUACUGACAAUGGACAUGAACCAGAACCACGUAUGCACCGAGAUAUACGUGAAACACAAUUGCUGUAUUGUCAUUCUAUCCUGCGCAAAGUGUAAGGACACAAACACGGGUAUCCCCACGAGACCUGUAGUGCCGUCCGCCACAGCCAAGCUGACCAACAACGCGUUACAGUUGCUGCGCAGUUUCACAUUUCUCCAGACUAUCACCAGAAUGAAGCUAUUCACCAUCACAAUGAGACCGGCUAGGAUACACAGAGGGAUAAAGUAGGCUUUCAAGUUAUGAUCCUCGUCAUCCUCAUCAUCAUCAUCCCAAUACCCCGAUCCACUGCCUGAACCACUGCCCGACGCGUCCUCAAACGUGACCAAGUCAUGGCCAAUCUCGCUGCUCCCAUUUUUGAACAUUUUGUAAUCUCGAUAUAGUUUCUUCUUUUAAUAGUAUUAUAUUUUUUUUUACCUUUUACAGUUCAACUUUUACCUCGACAGACGCGACAAGUUUACUUGGUCAUGUACGUUUCGAUUCCUUUGUGUCGUCUGUAAAAUCAGAAAAAAUACACAAUUAAUUAUAUAAACACUUAGGUUCGUUUAGACUUUAUAAGGCUGAUUUACACUGUACAACAUUUGCCUCAAACUGUCGCAUGCAACCUGCUUAUACAACUGGUUUACACUAUCAAAGUUUCUGUGAUCACAGUAGGAUUUUUGCAUGGGUGAAUUCUACCUUUUGAAGGAUUUGCAAGAAAUGUUUGAGGGAACUUUGUCAGUGUUUAACACACCAUGGACCGACCUGCUGUU